CCUUGCCUCCAUCCUCUCUCUUUGCUGCUUGCACCACUGUGGGAAUGCAGCGAAGGUAAACCUAAAUGCUUUCUUUUUUUCCCCCCGGAUCUAUCGUCGGACUACAAGGCAGACAGCUCCAGGGACGCACCGCUGUCACACCGGGAGAAUCAGACUGGGGUGGUCGGAUUGCACCCAGGAUCACUUGGAUUUAUCCCGGAUACCACCCCGUCUCACAGGCAGAUCCCGUUAGAUUUCUCCCAGCCUGCUUUUGUACAGUUUCGGCGGCUUUCACCCUCCCCGGAUUACCGGCAGCUGGAGCAACCAUAAGGGUGGCCGAGCACGCCGAAGUGGGUGCUAUUACACGCAAACUUGAAGUAGACACCUGCUAGAGAGCUCUCCAAAAGGUGGAAUGAACUCCUGAAGGAAUACAGGAAGAGUCGUGGUUGGCGUUUUAAGGACCUUAAUCAAGCAAAUGAGAGUGGAGAAGGGUGCUGCCGUAGCCUGGAUUGUUGAUCUACGCACGCACGCACGCACAUGGAUUUACAGCGCCAGCCUGAAGCGGAUCGAUAUCCUUCUCGGUUUUUUUCCCCCUCUGGUCGGCUUUUUUUUAACAAGGGAGUGAAGCAUCCUGGGAUUUAUCACCGCUUCGUUAGCGCUGAACUACAGAGAAGCGCCCCCUCGCUUCGCUCUCUCACCUGUCCAUAACCUGUGUGCACGGCGUGGAAGUGUGUAGUGCGUGAUUGUGCGCGUGUAUGUGUCCGCCAGAGGGAGUGUAUUGCUUGUGAAUGCAUCUGAGAACUGUGCCAGUUUUUAAUUAGCCGUACGUGACUGUGAGUGAUUGUGUCUGCUUGGUAGUUGUGCUAAUUGUUUGUUUGUGCAUGUAGAUGUUUAUCCAAUGGGCACAUCCUUAAGAUGCCCAGCACUUCCUCCACGCCUCGCCUUUCUGGUACAUGCCUGAGUAAUAUUUGGCCCCCAGUUUGACCCCCAAAACACCCUAAGAGACUCCAAAUCUGGCAGGAUGAGUGACCGCUCAGGUGCCACCCCUCUAGCACCCAUGACGCUAGAGGAGCCAGGGGCUGAACAAGCAUCACCACGUGCCCCUGGCCCUCUGCGCUGCGGCCCUUGUGCCGUGUGGCCUCGCCAGCAGACCUGGCUGUGCGCCGUGCCCCUUGUUAUGGGCUUCGUGGGACUGGGACUCAGUCUCAUGCUGCUAAAAUGGAUUGUGGUCGGGUCAGUGCAAGACUACGUCCCUACUGAUCUGGUGGAUCCUAAAGGUAGCAUCGGACAGGACCCUAUAUUUCUCUCCAAACCCAGUGCCAUGCCCAAAGGGCCCGACAUUCCCACCGUCACCACCACUUCAGCUGCCUCCACCACGGCUAUAGUGUCCACUACAACGCCGUUAGCCGCUGACGGUACGGCCCCGGCGCCAAAAACUCGACCAGGGCCACCAGCGAACCACUCAGCCAAUGGGAGUGCCACCAACGGAGACGGCAACCGCGUGCCGCAUCUUCACAACCGUGUCGGAACCCGUAUUACAGGGACUGUGGUAACCACCUCCACUACCACGCGCCCCACCCGACUCACACCGCCACCUAGUGUUAAGGAGGUCACUCCUCGCAGCACUGUCAGAAAAGGAGGCAACGCCAAUGGACGUAACGGAGCUGCCAAUGCGAAACCCGGACAGACCUCUGCUACCUUCACCACCACGGCAUCAACCACGACUACGGCUACUUUUAAGACCACCGUCAAGGUGCAGUCCACCCCGUCCCAGCCGGGACUUCCUGUAAAGCCUACUUCCCGCUGGAAUCACCCUCGACCAGGCAACAAGGGCCCGGCUACACGCCCACACCACCGCUUCCGAACACCUGUGGCCCCAACGCUUCCCAGUGUACGCUCAGAGGUCUUUAAGCCGUGUGUUGAAGACAAGGACCUGGCCUUUUGUCUAAAUGAGGGGGAGUGCUCCAUCAUUGAAACCGUGGCUGGGGUUCACCGACACUGCAGAUGUAAAGAGGGCUACCAUGGACUCCGCUGUGACCAGUUUGUACCCAAGACAGAUGCUAUCCUGUCCGACCCAACGGAUGAACUUGGGAUCGAGUUCAUGGAGAGUGGCGACACCUACCAGAGGCAGGUGCUGUCCAUCUUCAGCAUUGCCUCGGGGAUCUGUCUACUUGGAGUGGCAUGUAUGGCACUCUACCGCCGGAACAAGAGACACAGGGAAAAACUCCAGGCUCAUUUCUCCGAUAGUCGCAGCCUGAGGGACUGCAGUAUCAACGCCUCCAGCCUCAUGUCCAAAUCUACUCCUCGCCUUCAAUAUAGCCUUCAACUCCAAAAGAGCUGCAGCUCUCAUGGAUCCUCUCUGAAGGGCAGCAGCGUGGCACCAGGCACAUCAACAGCAGCCCCACCUAUUCUCAGCAGAGCGCUGUCUAAAGGGAAACGCUUCAGGAGCAGCUCCCUUUCUCUGAGUCCUGCCCAACAACGGAGGGAGUCGAGCUACUUCAGGACCCCGCCUGUUUCAAGAGGGAAACACAAAAUCACAGCAAACCUCAUCGAUGGAUCCAGAGCUGGCAGCCGCGUCUACAAACACUUGCAGGAGGAUGAGUCAACAGAAAUGGAGUCUAUUAGAAGGUGUGAUUCCGCCGGUGGAAGAGUCAGCGCCCUCCUCAGCAGGACUUCGCUUGCUCACUUCGCAGCCAGAAAAGGAUGGACCGAAGUCCCUUGCACCCGCCUGGAUAAGGGAACAGCCUUCCUCCCGCCAUCCCUGCGUACCCGCUCUGUGCCCAUCAUCCCAUCGCUCCAAGCGUGCGAUCUAGAGGCAGGGAAUGCAGACACGAGCGAUCAAAACCAAGAAGGGCUCAAGUGGCACCCUGGGCUGGAUGGAAAGAUGGUGAAGCCUGUCAGCAACUCUUCCUCACUCACCUGUGAGACUGUUAUGCUGGUGCCCAACUCUGUUGUUACACUGGGGUCGGAGAAAAAUCUCACACACUGCUCCUUUGAAAUUUCAGUGGAACUUGCACAGGAAUUAAAACAGAGAAGCCUUUCUAUCCCCGUGAAAAUGUCCGGGUCUCACGGCGGUAGCACAAAUACUCUGGAGGCUCGGGAAGGGAAAAGUGUACAAAAUCCAGCAAGAGUUCAGCACACAGACGGCAGGAGCAGAGGUUUGACGGCAGCAGGCCAAAGAGAAGCACAGGGACAGUGCCAAGGUCAGACAUCCCUCGUGUUCGGAGGCGCAAACUGCUCCUUGGCCACCAAAGGACCCAGCUGCAGAGGAGCUGGAAACGCUUAUGCCAAGCCGUCUGCAAGCUGAUUGGAUUAACUGUGUAAAGCUUCAAAGACACUGUUUCCAAUAACUGUAUACCUUCGCUGGAUGGUUUAGCAGGUGGGACCAUCUGGGUGGCCACACGGACCAAUAACAGAUGGCCGUGGAUUUCUUCUUUUUUGUGAAGGAACACAAACAGAUUGAACUGAUGAAGAAAAAAUAUUGACACAGCAAAGGACGCCCAAUUAUAAAGAUAAAGAGACAAACAAACACACAUUGUGAAUAAAUGUGACUCAAUAAGGAAAAAACAAAAAAAUGUGACUCGAGUGGAAGCUUGACUUAAACGGUGUAUUGAAAAAAAAUGCCACUAUUUAAAAGGAGCUUCUACUAGAAACCAAAAUAAAAAAUGUGUCAUCUCUAUGUUGUUUCUCUAUUGUAAAGAAAUGAAAUUAUAUAUGUCAUAUAAUAUAUGUCAUAUAGACGUAUAUAUAUUUGA